GCGAAAGCUGGUUCGCACGUGUGUAGCAAUCUAUAACAACAACAAUAAUUUGAUUUUCAAAGCUUUUAAAGUAAAACUUGCCGUCGUUUUAAUAAAAUCAUGUCUUCCAAGAGAAAAGCAGAGAAAGAUGACGUUAGCAGUAGCGAGGAUUCCGAUGCUGAGGAAAGAAAGAAAAUUGCGAAGAAAGAAGCAAAGAAGAAAUCAAAAGAGAAGUCUGGGAAGAGCUCCGAGGGGAAUUACACAUUUGAGAUUGGGAAGAAAAGAAAUUUGACUGUCCGAGAGUUCAAGGGAAAGGUCUUGAUUGAUAUUAGGGAGUAUUAUGAGGAUGAUUCUGGAAAUAUGAAACCUGGAAAAAAAGGCAUUUCCCUGUCAGUGGAACAAUGGGGAGCAUUGAAGGAACACAUCAGUCAAGUUGAUGAGGCAAUUGAGGAUCUGAAAUGAAUGCUACGGACAUGGUGAACCUAUGUAUAUUAAAUCUAAAAGUGUAGAUUUUUUUCUGAGAACUAUUAUUGAUAUUAUUCUUCAAUGUACA